AUGCUGCUCCGCGGACGCCGACUUCAUCUGCGUAGUGGGCGGCGACUCGCGGGCGGGUUUUACUCGCGCUCCACAUUCUCGCUCCAGCCCUCGUUUCUUGGCUACAAUCGCACUGCGUCGGUUGUGCUCCCAGUACCGAGGUACAGUGCAGUGAGCUUUUCAUCGUCGGCGCUGGACGAGCAACAGGACAAGACAAAGACGUCAUCGAAACUUGCACCGCUUGGUCUGUCAAGUGGUACAGGACUGAUUCGACCUCCUGAUACGGCGAAGGAGAUCCUUAGCUUUCUGAUGGAUCAUUUGUGGCCCAAAGACGACUCCAAGGAAGCCAAGGAGAUCAAGCAAAAGGUGCUCAUCUCAGCCGGUCUUGUGGUGGCGUCCAAAGCCUUAACGAUCCAAGUGCCUUUCAUCUUCAAACAAUUGGUGGAUGGCAUGGGAACUCUCUCUACUGCUCUUGCUGGAUCCCCCGAGGUGGCGGUGCCGCUGGCCAUGGUCCUCGGCUACGGGGUCGCCAAAUUCAGUGCCAGUGCGUCCUCUGAACUGGCUAAUGCCGUGUUCGCGACAGUGGCUCAGAAGACCAUUCGGACGGUUGCUGUGCGAGUAUUCAACCACUUGCACAACAUGGAUCUUAAGUUUCACUUGGAUCGCCAAACGGGUGCGCUAUCCCGCAUUAUUGACCGUGGAUCACGAUCAAUUGAUUUUGUGCUGCGUGCCAUGGCGUUCCGUGUGGUGCCAACGGUGCUGGAAAUCGGACUAGUGAGCGUCAUCAUGGCUACAAGUUUUGGGAUGCCGUAUGCGGGGGUGACGCUGGGUACACUUACUGCGUACACAACGUAUACAGUGCUAGUCACGCAGUGGCGUGAUGAGAUCCGUCGUGAGAUGAAUCGUCUAGAGAACGAAGCUGGUGCGAAAGUCAUUGAUUCGUUGAUGAAUUACGAGACGGUCAAGUAUUUCAACAACGAAGCGCACGAGAUCGAGCGCUACGAUGACUCGCUGAAGGGGUAUCAGAAAGCGGCACUCAAGACCCAGACUUCGUUGGCGAUGCUAAACGCUGGACAGAACGGGAUCUUCGGCGUCGGCCUCACUGCCAUUAUGUACAUGGCGUGUGAAGGAAUUGCUGCUGGCACGCUCACUGUCGGUGAUUUGGUGCUUGUAAAUGGGUUAUUGUUCCAGCUGUCCAUCCCUCUGAAUUUCAUUGGCAGCAUUUACCGUGAAGUGCGGCAAUCGGUCACGGACAUGGAGUCCAUGUUCAGAUUGGGUGCAGAAACACCGGUCAUUACGAACUCGGACGUGAAUCUGAGCUUGAUUGGCAAAGAGCCUAAAUCGAUUGAGUUUCGCGAUGUGAACUUUGGAUACCGCGCGGAGCUUCCAAUUUUACGGAAUACAUCGUUUAAAGUCGAUGCUGGCAAACGCGUCGCCAUCGUCGGCACGAGUGGAUCGGGCAAGUCUACGGUCCUCCGGUUGCUGUAUCGCUUUUACGACCCUCAAAAUGGUACGAUUCUUAUCGAUGGGAAAGACAUUCGCCAGUUAAACCUCGACGAGCUCCGCCAGGCGAUCGCCAUCGUCCCGCAAGACACGGUGUUGUUCAACGACACGAUCUUUUACAACAUCAACUAUGGUCGCCUGGAUGCGACUCGCGAGGAGGUGAUGCAAGCUGCCCGUGUUUCUCAGAUCCACCGCUCGAUCGAGACGUUCCCGGAGGGAUACAAUACGCGCGUGGGUGAGCGUGGACUGAAGCUUUCUGGAGGCGAGAAGCAGCGGGUAUCGAUCGCACGCGCAAUGCUGAAGGACGCCCCGAUUUUACUGUUUGAUGAAGCGACUAGCGCGCUGGACUCCGAGACCGAGUCGGAGAUUGUCCGUGAGUUUGCAUCGAUAGGAACAAACCGCACGUCGCUGAUCAUUGCUCAUCGGCUGUCGACGAUCCAAGACGUGGACGAGAUCAUUGUGUUUGACAAAGGACGCGUGGUCCAGCAAGGUCCGCACGAAGAGUUGCUGCGUGAUGUGGAAGGCCGGUAUGCUGAAAUGUGGGCACGUCAGAACCACCACGUCCUGGGUCUGGUCGAACCCGAUGAGAGUGGCUGGGUGUAG